GGCCGUAAACAUUUUUCAUUAUAGAUAUUUUUGGGACUAUAAGUGAUUAUCUAAAUUAUUUUAUACAAAUAUUUAAGUCGUUAAAAUCAUUCCGAAGUAAUCAGAAAUAAUAUAGUAGGUACAGUACCUAGUUAUAUUGGUGAAAAGUUAAAUUUUUAGCUAACCAUUUUUUUUAACUAGACAUUUGUCAUUUCCCACAUUUUAUCUAUGAAAGUAAACGGGUAUAUUUGUUACCUACUUACUUCAAUGCCCACCAGAAUAUUUAUUUUGUUUAACACUGUAAGUCCCUACUUUUUUUACUAGUCUACUCAGGCUACUCUAAUAGAAUGUUGUACUGCUGGGCAACUUCAGGACAAAAGCGUCCCCUCUUUCCUGCCAUUUGGUUCUAUCAAAUGCACACUCCUGCCACUCCUACCAAUAUAUAUCUGGGUCGUCCAGCAGUUCUAAAUAUUUUGUAUAGCAAGAACUUUCUUCCAAAUGGUCUGUGCUAGAAGUUUUAUAUGUGUAGGCAGUAUGUGGCAGUUGGCAGUGUCGCAUCUGGCGCUACAACUCACGCGGCGCGCGCGCAGGCAGCGUCAUUAAAGCUACGCCACCGUGCGGGGUGCGCGUGUACCGCGAUGACUGUGCCUGUAUAGCAUGCCUGUGUGCCUGUGCCUGUGACUGUGACAAUGACUGUGUGUGCGUUAACCGUGCUGCUGGGGACGCUGCUUCUCUCCGGCUGCACCGCUGAAUUCCAGGAGAGAGUAUGCAUCGGUACCAACGGCCGCAUGUCGGUGCCAUCGAAUCGCGAAACGCACUACCGGAAUCUUCGAGACCGUUUCACCAAUUGUACAUACGUCGACGGAAACCUCGAGUUGACAUGGCUCCAGAACGAUACAAUGGACUUGUCCUUCCUGCAGUAUAUCAGGGAGGUGACCGGCUAUGUGCUCAUUUCCCACGUGAGUGUGACGAGGAUCAUAUUACCUCAGCUCCAAAUCAUUCGUGGGCGAACCUUGUUCAAGUUAAAUGUGAGAGACGAAGAGUUCGCGCUCAUGGUCACCAUGUCCAAUGCCUUUACGUUAGAAUUGCCCGCCCUUCGUGACAUACUGCGUGGCAGCGUUGGCAUCUAUAAUAACUUCAAUCUAUGUCACGUGAAAACUAUAAACUGGGAAGAGAUAAUUACAGGUCCUAACGCCACGUACGUAUAUGCAUACGAUUUCUCAGUGCCGGAGCGAACAUGUCCCCGUUGUGACGAGAGUUGCGCACAGGGCUGCUGGGGAGAAGGGCCGAAGAAUUGUCAAAAGUUUUCUAAAACUAUAUGCAGCCCUCAGUGCGCACAAGGGCGCUGCUUCGGACCGAACCCGCGGGACUGCUGCAACACAUUCUGUGCCGGCGGGUGCACCGGCCCACUGCCCACUCAGUGCCUUGCAUGCCGUAACUUUUACAAUGAAGGUACAUGCUCGCAGGAAUGUCCGAGAAUGGAGAAAUACAACUCCACUACCUAUUCUUGGGAGCCUAACCCAAAUGGGAAAUAUGCGUAUGGAGCUACAUGUGUUCGCAGCUGCCCUGAACAUCUUCUUAAAGACACGGGAGCCUGCGUGAGAAGUUGUCCACCGGAUAAAACGGCGGUUAAUGGAGAAUGUAUAUCGUGCAACGUGACGUGCCCUAAGACUUGCCGAGCAGAGAAGCCUAUUCAUUCGGGAAACAUUAACAGUUUCAAAGAUUGCACUAUCAUAGAUGGCUCUAUAGAAAUAUUGGAAAUGACUUUCACAGGGUUCUCGCAAGUUAAUCCUGACUACUCUUUUGGUGCACGGUACCCGAAGAUGAACCCUGACCAAUUAGAGGUAUUUAGCACAGUGCGUGAGGUGACGGGGUACCUGAACGUGCAAGCGCACCAUCCGAAUUUCACGAGUCUUUCUUACUUCCGAAAUCUGGAAGUCAUCGGAGGCCGGCAAGUGGUCGAGAAUCUUUUCGCUUCUCUGUAUAUUGUAAAGACGUCGCUGAAAUCCCUAGGCCUGAAGUCUUUGAAGAGAGUGAAUUCAGGUGCCAUAGCGAUAAUGGAAAACAAGGACCUUUGUUUUGUAGACCAUAUCGCAUGGAACAAACUGGUCAAAUCGAAGGAUCACAAGCAAAUCAUUCAGCACAAUGGGGAUUUAGUUACAUGUGAGAAAAAUCACUUGGUUUGCCAUCCGCAAUGUUCAGCCGACGGUUGCUGGGGGCCUGGCCCCGCCCAGUGCCUCUCCUGUCAGAACUACAAGUACGAAGAGACUUGCCUGCAAAACUGCACUGUGCUGCCGGGGCUCUAUAAGUCAGGAGAGAAAACGUGCAAGAAGUGCCACCACGAGUGCAGCGAUGGCUGCAGCGGGCCCACGUUGGCAGACUGCACGAGCUGCCGGCACGUGCGCGACGGCCCCUACUGCGUCGCCAAGUGCCCCGAGUCGCGCUAUGUAUCCGAAAACGGCACCUGCCUGCCCUGUCACGUCAAUUGCAUCAACGGCUGCACCGGCCCCGAGAAUACCGUUGGAGAAAACGGCUGCAACUCUUGCAAAAAAGCCAUCAUAACCGUCGAAGCUACAGUCGAACAAUGCCUCAGAGAGUACGAACCGUGCCCCGAUGGGUACUACAACGAAUGGGUCGGGGACGUCAAACCGUUAGAAGGGAAAGUAACCAUCGUCUGUCGAAAGUGCCAUCCUCUUUGCAUCAAGUGCACCGGAUUUGGCAUACACCAGCAAGUCUGUCAAGUCUGCAAUGGUUUCAAACGUGGCGAUCAGUGUGAAGACGAAUGCCCUACCGAUCAUUUUACGGAUACUGACAGCAGGACAUGCACGCCAUGCCAUCACGAGUGCCGUGGGUGCACCGGCCCAGAUUCCACAGACUGCAUCAAAUGCCAGUCUCUUAAGGUUUUCUUAAGCGAAUCGAAUUCAAUCGACAAUAAACAAGCUUUCAAUUGCACUAGCACUUGCCCCCCGGACAUGCCCAAUAAAAUAUUAUUCGACGAGCAGCUACAGAAUACGAUUGACGAGCCAUAUUGUUCGGCAACCAGCAGCGUCAAAGCGCCUAUAGUAGCAAGGACUCCAACGGUACUCAUAAUCGUCUUUAUAUUUGCGUUUGUGUUGCUAUUGAUUCUCGGCAUUAUCGGGUACACUUGCAGGCAAAAUGCAAAGGCUAAGAAAGACGCCGUCAAAAUGACAAUGGUAUUAACUGGAUGUGAUGACAACGAACCGCUACGUCCGACUGAUGUCAAACCCAACCUUGCCAAACUUCGAAUUGUGAAAGAAGCCGAGCUGCGGAGAGGAGGUAUGUUGGGAUUUGGUGCCUUUGGUAAAGUGUAUAAAGGAGUUUGGGUUCCAGAAGGUGAAAAUGUGAAGGUUCCGGUAGCAAUUAAAGUUUUGAAGGAAGGAACUGGCGCCAACACCAGUAAAGAGUUUCUAGAAGAAGCUUAUAUAAUGGCGAGUGUGGAACAUCCUAAUCUCCUGAGAUUACUUGCCGUAUGCAUGACCAGUCAGAUGAUGUUGAUCACUCAGCUGAUGCCGCUGGGCUGUCUCCUAGACUACGUUCGAACGCACAAAGAGAAGAUUGGAUCGAAAGCUUUCUUAAAUUGGUGCACUCAAAUAGCUCGAGGCAUGGCAUAUCUAGAAGAAAAGAGGCUAGUCCAUAGAGAUCUAGCCGCUCGCAAUGUCUUAGUACAAACUCCGAAUUGUGUCAAAAUUACUGACUUCGGUUUAGCAAAACUAUUAGAUAUAAACGAAGUGGAGUACAAAGCUGCCGGUGGCAAAAUGCCGAUCAAGUGGUUGGCCUUAGAAUGUAUUCAGCAUAGAAUAUUUACGCACAAAAGUGAUGUAUGGGCAUUUGGUGUUACUAUAUGGGAAAUUUUGAGUUAUGGUGCUCGUCCCUAUGAGAAUAUUUAUGCGAAAAAUGUGCCCGGUUUAAUAGAGAAUGGACUGAAACUCCCUCAACCGAGCAUAUGCACGUUGGACAUUUACUGCAUAAUGGUCUCAUGCUGGAUGCUGGAUGCUGAGAGCAGACCGACGUUUAAACAGCUGGCAGACACCUUUGCUGAGAUGGCGAGAGAUCCCGGCCGCUAUCUUGUCAUUCCUGGAGAUAAGUUUAUGCGUCUUCCAUCCUAUUCUUCACAGGAUGAAAAAGAGCUAAUACGAAACCUUUCAUCAGCAAUGGAAGGUCCUGAGUCCCUCGUAGAAGCAGACGAGUACCUUCAACCAAAGUUCAAAUCAGGUGCUGGCACUGUUACUUCAAAUUCGGCUACCAGUGCUGGAGUGGAGACUCAAACUAGUUCAUUGAAGCCAUGUACCUCUUCGUCCUGGGCUCACAAUGCUACCGGUCCAGAAAGCGUCACCCCUGAAGGUUCCAAAGCCGAAGCAUGGGAUCAUGAAAUGUUGAGGUACAAUCAGUCAAAUCCAGAUGGCCCCGAGAUGAGACACUAUUACAACAAUGGAGUAUGUGCCUCCGACGGCUCGAGCUCUCGGUACCGCGAUACGAAGCGGCCAGAGGGAUCCGACGGUGGCGACUUCGACAGUAUGUCCAAGAUAAAAGAGGCUCAGGUCGGCAACCUCAAGCUAAACUUGCCUUUAGAUGAGGACGAUUAUUUAAUGCCUUCGCCGCAGCAUAACCAAAAUGCCUCAACUUACAUGGAUCUAAUAGGCGAGGGUGGCGAAAGCCCGGAAAAGGACUUGCGGUAUACUGGCUUCGUGGCGCUCGGGCCGAAGCGUUGUGUGGACAAUCCCGAAUACUUAAUGAGUGACGAGAACGUGCCCACACAAACACUGGGUAUCCCCACUGAACCCGUGCCCUUGGAGUCGCUGGCGAGUGACGCUAGUGGCGCGAGUGGCGAAGUGGCUCAACCCGGCACCAGCAAGUACCUGCCACAGCGCUCGGUGGAAGAGGAAUCCAUGUCUGACCAUGAAUACUACAACGACCUGCAAAGAGAGCUGCAGCCGCUACGCAAGAACGAAACAACAGUUUGAGUUUUGUGAUUUGCGGACUGUAGUAGGACAGCAGCGGCUGGUGGUGCGUAUUACGGACUGCGAGCUGAGUGUGCUCGGGACUGAUCUCUCGCUAGUGACUGUUUACUUAAGGCGCUCGCGCGCUUCGUGCCAUUUGAGUGAUGGCUAGUGUUAGUUUGUUGGGAACACAUCAACUUAAGAAUUUUAUUUAGUUAUAAUGUGAAAGCAUUUUGUUAUUUUUUUUACUGCAUCUGUGUAAGCAACUGUUAUAAAACAAAAUUUGUAAAAAUAUUUUUAUUGGGUGCUCACGCACUGAUAUGUAUAUUUAAGUUAUUUAUUAAUUUAAUAUAAGGAAGGCUAUGUUUAUUUUCUUUGAUACGUUAACUUAGGGAGUGUUAUUUAAUUAUAAAUCUGUGAUAAUUAGAUUUAUUACAUGGGGACCAGCGAAAUGAAAUAUAAAAAGGCUGGAACACGGAACUAUGUGAAUACUAAAGCAUUAAGUUAGCUGCGCCAUUAUACCUAGCCGUCGCACUUCUUUAUUGGAAGUGGCCGAGCUGUCAACUUCUAUUUGUAUCUAUUUCAUUUAAAAUUCUGUGCGUGGUGAUAAUUUUUGUAGCCAUCAUUUUUAUAUAGGUAGAUAUUGUAAUACUUUUUCUUGCCUGCAGACCUAUUAAUGAUGCAUUAUGCCAAUAAUAUCUUCCUAAACUUCACGGGACCUUUAUAUAAAAUAUAUAAGGGAUCUUAAACUAAACAAAAGGUCCACAACAACAGGACCAAUCUUGCUUGCAACUUGCCGGUCGCUCGGAGCCAUUUUUUGUUUAAGUCUGUAUAUAAAUACGAUGAGAUCGAUAUAAAAUUAAUUAAUAAAAAAUCAUUUUUACUAUCCCUGGAAUGGACGGUACGAGUAAUAGAGCCUAAAUACUUUUGAUAGUAGUGAGCAUUAUAGUUGUGUACGUUGGGGUUCAAAGUAAAAAUAUUAGUGUUGCUUCCUUGAAAAUAUAAGACAGCUAUGCGGCUAUUUAUUAUUAGACAUACAAAUAUACAUGUAAAUAUAAAUAUAUAUACAGCAAAGUAUAAAAGACGAUAUGAAUAAGUAUUGCGCUUGAAUUUCAGGCGUAGGCUGGAAGCACAAAUAUUCACCUUAAAUGCAAAUAUGAUAGUGUAGAUUAAAAUAUUAGUUAAGUCUUGUUAUUUGACCAAACCCUCGUUUGCCAUCUAAUUUUGUAAAUAUAUUCGCUAUAGUAAUAGAAGUUAUAUAAUACCUAUAAUAGGUAAAGUGCGUUAGGUUUAUAAAAGUUAACUGCAUAAAAAUACGGAAUGUAUUUGUGAUGCUCCAUAAGGAAAGGUACCUAAAAGAGUGCGGUUGGUAUUUUGUAUGGCGUGUAUCAAUACGUAAGUGUGGCCUAAAGUAACCCGUACUGCAGGCCACGCCACAAAAAAAUUAAAACGUACGUUCUUUAAAACUCCACAGUAGUUUUAUAGAACUUACGUCUUAUACUUUUUGUACAACACUUUAGCUAUAUAAAAGAUGCUUCACAUCAAUGGAUCAAAUGGAAUGUACCCGUCCGUCCUGAUUCACCUCAUCCUUUUGCGACACGAUUCGUACAUGGCAAGGGACUUAUAUUAUUAAAGGUAGUAAGGUACCUUCUCGUAUGGAUUAUAACUUCCUAUACAUUAUUUCUGAAGAACUAUAGAACAUUGUGCCAUUAAAGAUACGCUACAAAUUAAUUGAAAUAGAACCCCAUUUUAGCUCAAUUACCUACUUAUUACUUGAUCAAACUGUAGUGAUGCUUGAGCGAGUCAUCUGAAAUGUUGAUCGUAAUUAGUACCUACGAGUCGUGUAAGUAAUUACUUGAUCAAUUGAAAAAUUUCUUUUCAUAGCAUUGUAAAACAAAAUGCAACUGAAAAGAUAUUCGUAAACGCAACUUUUUUUUAACAUAGCUUAAUCUUUACUGUUGAGGAUCACCAAGUUGUUUUUUAUCAUUAUGUUUUAUCUAUAGGAUAAACAUAACACAUAAUACAAAACUAAUUUAGACUUUUUUACUGUAUCUUUUUAUAAUAUUUAGUUGUAAUUACUUAAUUACCUAUUUCAGCUAAUCGCACGAGACCGGUAGAUUCAGAAGACUCGUUCAAACAAUGCUUAAUAUUAAUGUCGGCAGCCGAUCGUAACAUCAGACAGAUCGUAAUGUUCCAGAUUAAUAUUUUGACGGUAAUCACAUUAAACCAAUAGAUACCGACGACCGGUCUGGCCUAGUGGGUAGUGACCCUGCCUAUGAAGCUGAUGGUCCCGGGUUCAAAUCCUGGUAAGGGAAUUUAUUCAUGUGAUGAGCAUGGAUAUUUGUUCCUGAGUCAUGGGUGUUUUCUUGUAAGUAUUUAUAAAUAUUGACAUAUUAUAUAUAUCGUUGUCUAAGUACCCUCAACACAAGCCUUAUUGAGCUUGACUUUACUAUGGGACUUAGUCAAAUUGUGUAAUAAUGUCCUAUAAUAUUUAUUUAUUUAUUUAGAUAGGUUCCUUAGGUUGCUUCAGAUGCCCGAAGGGCAAACUGUCCAGAAAUACUGCCCUUGCACGAUAUUCCCAGGAAUUACAGGAUCUGCUGAUUUCACGAUCGGCCGCCGGCAAACACUAAAUGCAAAUAGUUACAGCCCAUGUCAUGAUCGUAUUUAAAUCGAAAGAUCGAUUCUGACGAUGGCACGUUACAAGGCAAAUAUGCCUAUAAUUGUAUAGUGUGUAAUAAAAUAAAUGCAUUUCGAUAUAUCGAACAUAGUUUGUAUGUAAAUAAAUAGUUUUGACAUGGUUAACAUUGUUUUGCUCUUUCGAGAGGGAGUAUAUGCGGUUUUAUGUACUUGUACCUUGAUGAAACAAAUGUAAUUAAAGAAAUUAAAAUAA